UUGUUUUCUCCCCAUUCACCCAGGAUGAACUUGCGUCCUUUCUCUUCCCCGCCAUGGAAUUCUGCUCCGUGCUUUUAGCCCUCCAGAGCCAAAGAAACCCCAGACAACAGACGCCCAUACGCAGCGUAUAGCAGUAACUCCCCAGCUCGGUUUCUGUGCCGUGGUUUACAGUAUUUAAUUUUAUAUAAUAUAUAUUAUUUAUUAUAGCAUUUUUGAUACCUCAUAUUCUGUUUACACAUCUUGAAAGCCGCGCAGUAAUUCUCUUGUUAAUUAAAAACAACCACUACUGUAGAAUGGCAUCUACCGUAGCAACGCUGAUGAUCACCAGUACUAUCGCUGCUACUGCUGCUUCUAGUUCACCGAACCACCUAUGGAUGCUCAUCCUGGGCUUCGUUAUUGCAUUUGUCUUGGCAUUCUCUGUGGGAGCCAAUGAUGUAGCAAAUUCGUUUGGUACAGCUGUGGGCUCAGGUGUAGUGACCCUCAAGCAAGCCUGCAUCCUAGCUAGCAUCUUUGAAACCGUGGGCUCGGUCUUACUGGGGGCCAAAGUGAGCGAAACUAUCAGGAAGGGCCUGAUUGACGUGGAGAUAUACAACUCGACGGACCUGAUGGCCGGCUCAGUCAGUGCUAUGUUUGGCUCUGCUGUGUGGCAACUAGUGGCUUCAUUUUUGAAGCUGCCCAUUUCUGGGACCCAUUGUAUUGUUGGUGCAACCAUUGGUUUUUCCCUCGUGGCACAUGGGCAGAAGGGUGUCAAGUGGUCUGAGCUGAUAAAAAUUGUGAUGUCUUGGUUCGUCUCUCCACUGCUGUCUGGUAUUAUGUCCGGAAUCUUAUUCUUCCUUGUUCGUGCAUUCAUCCUCCGUAAGGCAGAUCCAGUUCCUAAUGGUUUGCGAGCUUUGCCAGUUUUCUAUGCCUGCACAAUUGGAAUAAACUUCUUUUCCAUCAUGUAUACUGGAGCACCGUUGCUGGGCUUUGACAAACUUCCUCUGUGGGGUACCAUCCUCAUCUCGGUGGGAUGUGCAGUUUUCUGUGCCCUUAUCGUCUGGUUCUUUGUAUGUCCCAGGAUGAAGAGAAAAAUUGAACGAGAGAUAAAAUCCAGUCCUUCAGAAAGUCCUUUAAUGGAAAAAAAGAAUAGCUUGAAAGAAGACCAUGAAGAAACAAAGUUGUCCCUCAGUGAUAAUGAAAGCAGGAGUCCUAUUUCUGAGGUAGGGUCUGCCACUGCACCGCUCCGGGCUGUGGUGGAAGAGAGGACUGUCUCAUUCAAACUUGGAGACUUGGAGGAAGCUCCAGAGCGAGAGAGGCUCCCCAGCAUUGACCUGAAAGAGGAAACCAACAUAGAUGGCUCCAUGAAUGGUGCAGUGCAGUUACCUAAUGGGAACCUUGUUCAGUUUAAUCAAGUCGUCAGCAACCAGAUCAACUCCAGUGGCCACUAUCAGUAUCAUACCGUGCACAAAGAUUCUGGCUUGUACAAAGAGCUGCUCCAUAAACUGCAUCUUGCCAAGGUGGGAGACUGCAUGGGAGACUCUGGCGACAAACCUUUGAGGCGCAAUAACAGCUAUACAUCCUACACCAUGGCAAUAUGUGGCAUGCCUUUGGAUUCAUUCCGUGCCAAAGAAGGUGAACAGAAGGGUGAAGAAAUGGAGAAGCUGACAUGGCCCACCGCAGACACCAAGAAGCGAAUCCGAAUGGACAGUUACACCAGUUACUGCAAUGCUGUGUCUGACCUUCACUCGGCCUCUGAGAUAGACAUGAGUGUCAAGGCAGAGAUGGGUCUGGGAGACAGAAAAGGAAGUAACGGCUCUUUAGAAGAAUGGUACGACCAGGACAAGCCUGAAGUCUCUCUCCUAUUCCAAUUCCUGCAAAUCCUCACAGCCUGCUUUGGGUCAUUUGCCCACGGUGGCAAUGACGUCAGCAAUGCCAUCGGUCCUCUGGUUGCUUUAUAUCUGGUUUAUGACAGAGGAGAAGUUUCUUCAAAAGUGGCAACACGAAUUUGGCUUUUACUUUAUGGUGGUGUUGGUAUCUGUACUGGUCUGUGGGUAUGGGGAAGAAGAGUUAUCCAGACCAUGGGAAAGGACCUGACACCAAUCACACCCUCCAGUGGCUUCAGUAUUGAACUGGCAUCUGCCCUCACUGUGGUAAUUGCUUCAAAUAUUGGCCUUCCCAUCAGUACAACACAUUGUAAAGUGGGCUCUGUGGUAUCAGUUGGCUGGCUCCGAUCCAAGAAGGCUGUUGACUGGCGACUCUUUCGCAACAUUUUUAUGGCCUGGUUUGUCACAGUCCCCAUUUCUGGCGUCAUCAGUGCUGCUAUCAUGGCAGUUUUCAAAUUCGUCAUCCUCAAAGCGUGAAGCUGUCAAAGAUGAAAACUCGUGUCAAUGUUUGGGACCACCUCGCUCUUUCCUGCUCCCUUGGAAGAACAAUAGCAGUGUUACUGAAGACCUUACUGAAGACCGACGAGUCUUUUACAGGGAGCUGUGGGAGGGGAAGUGUUACUUGUGCUAUAAUUGCUUUUGUGCUAAACCUGAUUUGUCUCAAAAUUAGCUAUGUAAAAUAACCUGGUUUCCACUGGUUCCUACUGGGGUUCCCUUUCCUUUUGGGCUGUGAAUUCCUGUACAUAUUUCUCUACUUUUUGUAUCAGGCUUCAAUUCCAUUAUGUUUAAUGUUGUCGCUGAAGAUAACUUGUGAUUUAUUUUUUUUAAAACAACCAUAAAGAGCCAUUUGACAGAGUGCUCUGUUUUGUGGGUUUCACCAGCUUCCGCCCUAACACAGCACAGGGAUUUAACAACAAGAUGUCACCGCAGCUUCCCUUUAGUCUCCUAGAGAAAUAGAGCUGUUGGUACUCUGCCCUCCUGUCAGUAGUGACAGGUUCUAUUGACUUAUAUGGGAACUUCUUGGAGGAACCCCAGGUCCUUUGGGCACAGUGAGAAUUUAAGUUAGUAGUAACUUCUUUGCGAGCAAUUCAUUGACUAUUAUUGCUAAAAAAGAAGUAGGAAGAGAAAAGCCUUUUGGCAGUCUUGAUUAUUUCUUUAAGAUUAUUUCUGGCAGCGUGGGAUGGAUGAAUGAAGUGGAAUAUGAAAUUUGGGCAAGUUAAAUGGGACAGCCUUCCAUGUUCAUCUGUCUACCUCUAACUGAAUAAAAAAGCCUACAUUUUUAGAA